AACUUGGAUGACUCACCCUAACCCGGUCCCGACUCUAACAUUUUUUCAUGGGCUUUGCAAAUGAUUCAAAUUCAACUAGAUUUUGUGGAUUUGGCAUCACAAGGCAUUUAACUCAAGUUUGACUUUGAUCUCCACUUGGCAUCUAUAUCUACCUGCAUUUUACUUUUUAGCUCAAAAAGUUUAAAAAGCGAUUUGUUGAUAGACACAGGACUGGUUGGUACUCCAAACAGGAUUAGCAUUAGCGGAGUAUGAUUGAUGAAGUUGAAUUCUGGACACAAAUAGAUAAUUUGACUGAAGAUUUGAAGAAAGAAGACAGAGCUCGCAAACUGAGAGAACAGUUUUGCCAAACAAGAGACCUAGGAGCUGUGAAAUGUGUGAGAACAAAAUGCAUUGGGAGUCAAGAUGUAUUGCACAGGAUAGAAGCUGUUGUAGAAAACAUAGUGACUUGCAUUGCCAGAGGAGAAGCACCAUAUCUUAGCUACUGCAGGAGAAACAGUUGGGAUAGUGUUAGUUUCAGAGAAGAUGUCGGACUGGAGAUGAAGGAUGAUGGAAAGAUGACUGAAGUGAGAUUUGAUGUACCUACUUCCACAAAUAAAUUUGCUCUCAUGUUGAAAGUUCUUGCCUUGUGCUACAGGCUUGUACAGACUGAUACAUAUUCAACAAAGAGAGACCUGUACUACAGCGAUGUUCAGUCAUUUGGCAGUCAGUCAAUUGUUGAUGACAUCGUUGAUAACCUAUGUUGUCUGUUGCAAGUUCCAAGACGAUGCCUUCAUGUUCUGGCUACGUCAAAAGGAUUGGUCUAUGGGGACCUACGCUUUACUGAUGUUUCUGGAUCCUACAUUGAUUGCAGCAGGAAUAGAACAGGAACACAAGUGCCAAAUCAUGUUGAAGGAGUGACAAACAUCCAAAGUCACGCUAGAUUUGUGUUGAUUAUUGAGAAAGAUGCUACCUUUCAGAAGAUAAUUGAUGAUGGUCUGUUGGACAGGAUACCUAACUGCAUCAUCAUUACUGGUAAAGGAUUCCCUGAUAUCAACACAAGAAUGCUGGUCCGUACGCUGUGGGACACCUUGCAUAUACCUGUAUUUGCUCUUGUAGAUGCUGAUCCCCAUGGGCUAGCAAUUCUCUUUGUAUACAAGUUUGGAUCAAGGUCUUUAAGCUACGAAUCUCACAGCUUAACAGUCCCAUCCAUACGAUGGCUUGGUGUAUUGCCAUCGGAUGUGAAAGGAUUGAGGAUCCCAGAGGAAGCACUCAUACCACUCUCUCCAUCAGAUCUGAAGAAAGCUUCUCAUCUCAUGAGAAGACCAUUCUAUAAAGAGCUCCCUCAGUGGAUGUCAGAGCUUCAAGAAAUGAUGAGAUCAGGAUACAAGGCUGAGAUCCAGAGCUUGACGUCAAUCUCAGAAACUUUCCUCACCAAUGUUUACCUACCAACCAAACUAAGAUGUGGAGGAUGGAUUUAA